AUGGGAAGUAUAUUUUCCUAUGUCUUCAGCUUUUUAGCACCCGCCCAACAGUAUGACCCCACCCCGGACCCCACAACGGGACUCACACAGCGGGAUCGGGAGAUUAUCGCACAUAUCUGGGGUCUGGCAACUGAUAAGAAGACCUUGAAGAGCAAUGCCGUGGAGUUUUUCAUACAAUUGUUUGAAACCUACCCGCACAUACAAGACAGAUUUGAACUGUUCAAAGACAAGCCACUGGACGAGCUGCGGACGAGUCCCAAAAUGAAAGCCCACGCCACGAGUGUUUUCUACGCUCUCACCUCGUAUGUAGAAAACCUAGACGAUCCAGAGACGUUGGUUGGCCUCGUUCAGAAAAUUGCAGUCUCCCACGUUGGCAGAAAAAUACCUGCUGAUGAUUUUGAUAAACUUCGUAUAGUAUUUCUCAACUUCGUGAAAUACCUACUAGGUGACCAGUACACACCGGAGAUUGAACAAGCCUGGGACAAACUUUUGAGGGCCCAAACUGCAAUUUAUAAGCAGAUAGAAGAGGAAUUGUUAAGCAAAAAGGGAACACAAGAAAUUCCAAAGACUGACAUAUAG